AUGCCCGAGCACGCCGCAAAGGGAAGAGUCCAACAUCUGCGCCGUGUGCUGCCGGCACCAGCCGGGCGGCCACCGGUGACAGCAACGCCGGACCCCCGAGUUUCUAAGAGGCAAAACAUGGUGGCCGCAGCCUGCAACGCCUGUCGCAAACAAAAGACAAAGUGUUCUGGUGACAGACCGGCUUGUAGUCGCUGCAUCCAGCGAAAAGUCGAAUGCCACUACACCACACAGCCGGGAGAAACGGAAUCUCAGGCAUGGCAACGAGGAUACAAGGACCUGCAGCGUAAAAGAACAGCUCACGAAGAGCUAUUCGAUCUCUUGAGGAAUCUGCCCGACAAAGAAGCUGGCCAUGUCUGGCAUAAAAUAAGAGACGGGGUGGACGCGAUGUCACUUCUCAACUACCUCAGAACGGGGAAUCUGCUACUGCAAAUGGCUGUUGCUCCCGAAACGCGCUUCCGGUAUGAACUCCCAUACCGAACAGUAAUGCCUGAAUAUUACCUUGGGGACAAUCCCUAUGUGGAUUCAAUGAUUUACGGAGCGUCUUCGCUCUAUCCCCAAGAUGAGCGCUCCAGGAUCUCGGGUCGUACGGCCACCAGUCGUGGCGGCAAGCGGGCUUCAAACGCGUAUCAAGACGCCUAUUUGAAGCCAUUUCAUGCUGCUGAAGUUAUUGACCCUCGGCUGACUGAUGCGAAAAUUUCCUCGUGGACCGGUGUUUGCAAAGACGAUGGGCUUAUGCGACGGCUUCUCUCAGUCUUUUUGAGAUGCGAGUAUCAUUUGACAUCAGCAUUUCAAAAAGACUAUUUCUUGGAUGACUUGGUGGCAAAUCGAAAGGAAUUCUGCUCCCCUUUGCUCGUCAAUAUUGUUCUAGCUUAUUCUUGUGUCUGCUUUCCGGAUUUCCCAGACCGUGCCGAAUAUUGGAAUCCCAAAGCGCUUGUCUAUCGCUUCGUGAUGGAAGCGAAGCGCAUAUGGGAGCUUGAAAGCCAUGUGCCACGGAUUACAACAAUCCAGGCCGGAAUCGUCUUCACCGUCUUCCACAAUCUCUGCGGCUUGGACGAAAUCGGACAAGCAUAUAGGAUCCAUGCCAUAGAUCUAGCCCAUCAAAUGCAGCUCUUUGACAGCACCGUAGGCGGUCGCAGCGAUAAAAUGCAGAGGAGCAUGGCGUUCCUCGCAUGGACCUUGUUCAAUUGGGAAACGCUUGUUGCCUUCUCCUUCAUGUUCAACCCACUACUCAAAGAGCCUCCAAACUGGCCUCUGCCGGAUCCCUCUCAAGAUGGGAAUUGGUAUGGGGAAAUAUGGCUCAAAUAUCCAUUGACCGAUGCCCUUUCGCCGUCUUAUUUCGGUAGCGUUUUCCGAGCAAAAUCUCAUUUCCGAAUCAUCAUGAACGAAUUUUGUUGCACAGCAUAUUCGGAAGGCUCGCAGGUAACUGUAGAAAAGGCCUAUGAACUUUUGAAUAAACUGAAGCACUGGUAUCACAGCUUGCCAGGUCCACUCCAGCCAAAGACAAUCGUCCUCCCUACACACUUGCAACUUCACAUUCAUUAUCAUUAUCUGAUCAUAACAAUCUUUGAACCUUUGAUGGACGCACAAACAGACCAACGGCCACCACCGCAGCAAGUGGUUGUCGAGCCCAAGAAGCACCUUCAAACGUUGAUCCGACUCUACUAUCUCCGCCACGGAUACGAUGCUAUGGACCUCUUUGUCGUCAUACCGCUUAUGCUUGCCGGUUCUGAAUGCGUGGAAGCCAUUAAUGACCAAACACCCGCAGCUGAGCUAGAGCUCCUACGCUCUACGCUCCUCUUGGUAGCAAAGGGCUUAAAUAGUCAGCGCCGGAAUCAUUAUCUAGCCGAAGCACUGUUCCGUGUCAUCCGGGGACGAAUGCGGCCGUCGGAACUUUCUCUAUUGAAGAAUACGAUGAAGAUAGACGAGAGUGAAUGGGACGAGAAGAGUAGCAUGGUGCAAGAGGUGCGAAGCGCGUGGCCGGUGAGCGUGGUCAAGAAGAAGGAAGAUAUAGACUCUCACAAGUUGACGAACCUAGUGGAGAGUUAUGGAAACCUAAACGUAGAAGGGAGUUCCGACGCUCAUUCAACUUGA